UUCACAAUAUGAUAUAGAUACAUCUCAAGAUUGAGCUUUUGUGAAUUAACUUACUUUGACGCUCAAAAUAUAUUGAGGAUUGAUUCCCACAAGAGUUUGUUUUUGUAUACUACAAGUAUCGACUUCUUUAUUUAAAGCCGCUGAAAAUGUGUUUGUGUAUGUGAUUCUGUCUAAAAAGAAAGAAUAAAAAAGUUAAGGCAAUAAAAGAAAAAUGGUUGAAUCAAAAAGAUAUUCAUCCUCGUCUACAGAUACUGCUAGUGUUAGUGAUUCACCGGAACCAAAUACUCCAGCAAAUAAAUCACCUAACAAUUCUAAGCUGAACGUUUCUGCAGCAAAUCGUCGUCCACGUUAUUAUUCAUUUAAUCAACAACAAAAUAAUCCUGAACAAAAUCUUAACAAAAAUGAAUUAAAACAUUAUCCAAUUGAAUCAGAUCAAAAUGCUUUGAAUUUCAAUUCUAUAAUUAUAAAUAAGAAAUCUCAUUUAUCAUCUGUUCAUGAUAUAUCAAUUAUAAAACCGAUAGAAAAUAAUAGUAAUAAACAUAUUACUGAAAUGAAACAAAAUAACAUUAAUUCAAUGAAUGAUUAUCAUGGAUUAUCAUCAUUGGAUAAAGAUAUACAUCUUCACACUGAUCAUAACAAUAAUAAUAAUAUUAAUAAUGAUAAAUUAAAAUUAAAUAAUUAUACUAUAGGAUCUAUCACACAAAUACAUUAUGAUGGUUGUGAAACACAGGUGAAUGAUCCACCAAAACGUGAAGCCAAACAAAACAGUAUUAUAACAAUUUUUACGAUAUGGAAUACAAUAAUGGGUACAUCGAUUUUGGUAAUGCCAUGGGCUAUACAACAAGCUGGUUUCGCUUUGGGUAUAUUUUUAAUUAUAUUUGUCGCAUUCAUUGCUUGGUAUUGUGCUUAUCUUGUAUUGAAGGCAACAGAAGAUUUGAAAAUUAUACAAAAUACUCGUUCAUCUGCUGACAUUGAGUUUACAGACGUAUGUCAAUAUCAUUUAGGAAAACCUGGUUACAUUUUGGCAAUCUCAUUUUCUAUGUUAGCUCUUUUUGGUGCAAUUAUAGUCUAUUAUGUUUUAAUGUGUAAUUUCCUAUAUUACACUGGGGAUUUUAUUUACAAUAAAAUAAAUAAUGUGAAUAAUUCACAUUUAGAUCAAACAUUUACAUUAUGGAAUAAAACGUAUACAGGUGCUACAUGUUCCAACUUACCAUUUGUUCCAAAUAAAGAUCAUGAAAAUAUUACAACACCUUUGAAUUAUAAUCAUGAAGCAUUUAACAAUUCAUUGAACACUGACCAUAUUUCUACUUAUAAUCGUUUAUGGUCAAAAACUCGUACUGUUCCAGCAUGGCUUUUAAUCAUUGUUGUUCCAUUGAUUUCUAUUAAAUCACCUACAUUUUUAAGUAAAUUCAAUGCACUUGGUACUAUUUGUGUAUUCUAUCUGGUCAUAUUGGUUUGUUUGAAAGCUGGUCAAUGGGGAAUAAAUAUGGAUUUUUCAUCUAAACAUCCUUAUAGAAUUGUACCCCAAGCACAAACUACAUUCAUUAGUUUAACUGGUAUAUGUUCACUGGCAUUUUUCUGUCACAACACAUUACAUACAUUAACACGUAAUCAAAAACGACCGGAGAAUAAUACUCGAGAUGUGGCUAUUGCAUUUCUUCUAGUAGCAGCGACUUAUUUGUCUAUCGGUUUAAUAUUCUAUUGCACUUUUCCAUUAGCAAAAUCAUGUAUUGAAGAUAAUCUUCUAAACAAUCUAGUAACAGAUAUACCAGUAUUCAUUGGUCGUUUCUUUUCACUUUUACAAAUGUUCACUGUAUUUCCAAUGAUUCUUUAUGUUUUACGUGUACAAAUUAUGACUGCUAUAUUCAAAAAACCAUAUCCAGGAUUUAUUCAUGUUACUGUAUUACAUGUGUUUAUUCUUGGACUGUCAUUAACGUUUUCAAUGUUAAUGCCGAGUAUUGGUACCAUAAUUCGAUUUAGUGGUUCAUUAUGUGGUCUAGUAUAUAUGUUUACACUUCCACCAUUAAUUUAUCUACUUAAUAAACGUACAUUAACUCAUUUACAAAAUGAUGGUCAUAUUAAAAUAUCUGAAAUUCAUUCAGAGAAAUUAUUAAAUGGUAAUUAUCAUUUAAAUGGUAUGAAUUCUAUAAAAAAUUUUAAAGAUGAUCAUUUACCAUUUCAUGAAUUACAAAUUGAUAAUCAUAGUGAUACAAUAUCAAUAAUAAAAAUUAAAUUAUUAUCAGAACAUGAUACAAUUAAAUAUUGGUUUAUUGUUUCUAUUCAUGUAUUCAUUAUGUUAUUAGGUUUAUUAAAUUUUAUUGGACAAUUUACUGUAUUUUUUAUUGGAUCUAAUAAGAAACAAAUUGUAUCAUCAACAAAUAGUUAAAUGUAAACAUUCAUACACACACACACGCACACACACACACACAUACAUGAACACACAUGGAUACGCACAAAACCGCAUACAAUACUUUCUAAUAUCUAAUCCUUUAAUUCACUAUUACAUAGUUGCCUCUAUUAUAUUACAUAAUCAUUAUGCACUAAUGUCAUCACUGAUAGAUCAAUAGAAUAGAAUAGAAUAUCAGUUGGAUCCCAAGUAGUUCAUUCAUAUUUAUUCAAUUAAUGAUUCGUUUAAAUUCAUCAAAUGAUAUACUAAAAUUUAUUUCACAUAUACACAUCAAUAUUCAAUUUAUCUUAUAGUAGAAUAAUAAUUAUGAAGAGAAGACUGUUUUCUUUUCCAACAUAUUUAUACAAUUUGUUUAUAUGUAUUUAUUUAUGUAUCUGUGUAGAUUAGGCGCCUUUUUUUUUAAAAAAAUAUUAAAUUACUGUUUUUGUAAUUAGUCAGCUGAUUUAUUUAUUGAAUAAAAUUUAAUCCCCCCUCCCCUUUUUUUUAAAAAAAAACUAUGAUCAAUUAUUGUAAUUUUAUAUUGAUAAUUUUCAUGUUUCCUUUUUUUUUUCUUUUUUUUUAAAAAAAAACCCGACAACCUUUUAUCUUUUUGCCUUAGAAACAAAAAAAUCAUUUUUAAAAAAAAAAUUGUCAAAAUAUUUUAAUCAUAAUUAUAUUAGAAUUAUUGAUAUAAUUUCUUGAUUUAAAAAAAAAUAUAAAUUUGUUGGAAAAAAAA